AUGAGAAUUUUCACGAUACUUUUGUUGUGUGUUGGCGCUCUUUUGGCUUGCAAGUGCAAGGAUCAGUCGACAAAAGAAUCCUUCUGUAAAGCUCAUUGGGGUAAUAUUCGAUUAAAUUCAUUCGUCCAUGAAAUUUCGAAGCGUUUAUCUUUCAGUUUCACAUGUCAAGGUGAAAGCGCGGGUUGGAAAACAAGGUCUCCCUGAAGGAUCGACGCGAAAAGGCCUCAACAACCUCAGAUACCACGUCGAGCACCUCGACGUCUUCAAGGUUAUUCUGUUCAUCUACUUGAAGUUUGGUUUUUUUUAUUCAGAAGCCUGAAAAUAUGACUCAACUUCCUGAGGAAAUCUUCACCCCUUCUGAGACACCCGCUUGCGGAAUCAAGAUCGACGCCGGAAAGGAGUACCUUCUUGCAGGUAUAUUAUAGAAUCAACAAAAUUUUUUCUUGGGUAGAAAAAUUGAGGAAAAGGAAUUCAUCCUCCUCAUAAGUGGUUUUUCACUGAAAAUUACAGGUCGCGUCGAAACCCCGUCUGCCUUGUUCACGGUUAUUUGCGGCCAAGUUCUUUCUGACAACCCGGCCGAAAACCAGUACGAAAACGUCUUGCAAUGGCAAAACGUGAGUUCUAUCUUAUUUCCAGACGUUUUUCUUGAUUGCAGGUGCCACAAAGCCUUCGUUCUCAAUUGAGCUCCAUCAAAUGCUAA